AUGCCUGAUGAUGAAGAUGUUGUUAGAACUGUUUAUCUGACAGGUCAACCUGGAUCUGGGAAGACAGAGUUAGCUCGACAAUAUGGUGAACAGUUUGAAAAUGCGACAUCCCCCAGUGAUACAUCUAAAUGUUUGGUGAUUACAUUGAACGCCAAGUCAGAAGAAUCCCUUAUGAAGUCUGUUAAAGAAGCUACGCGAAAUUUAAAGUUGCCAGUGUGUACGGAGCUAACAGAUUAUUGUCUUAUCGAUUUGAUGAAAAACCUGAGAAAUUAUUUCCGUGGCUACAGUGGUGCUUGGCUUCUUAUCAUUGAUGACAUGUUUGGAAAGAAGGACUUCAAUAAAUUAUUUCCACGAGCUGGUAUCAAAGACUGGGGUGGUGGUCAGGUCCUGAUCACAACACAAGAUAAUAAUCUCGUACCAGCUGGUCAUUUGUUUGCAAAGAUAUUGUCCUUGAACGAAGGUAUGACCAAGGAAGAUGCUCUUGCAUUGCUGAAGAAGAUCAGUGAUGUUGAAGUUGAUGAUUUUGCUGAAGAAAUUAUUAAAGAGUUGCAGUCUCUUCCUCUUGCUUUGGCGUGUUGUGCAACAUAUGUUAGAAAAACAAGACAAGAUCGUCCCUCAAUACAGUUUGGAUGGAAAGAAUAUCUAGACCUGUACCGUGAAAACAUUCAUCUUCAAUACCGAACAUUUUCCAAUAACAAUAACGUUUACCCUUUCUCCAUGACGGCUGCUACUGCGAUUGCUGUGAUGCGAAUGGCAGAAACAAGUGACGUUCUACGACUUACAUUUUCGUUCCUUUCGUAUUGUGUAUUGCUUCCAGUUCCUUUGAAUGUACUAGCACACCACGUUUUGGAAAAUCUACCAGUCCAGAAUGAUAAGCGGCCAAUAGCAAUGGAAGAAAUUAAAAAUGAGAUUUCAAGGUGUACACUACUCGUCCACGGACAGUCACAGAACGUUGAAACAAUAAAAUAUCAUCAGGUUAUUCGCAGUGCUUUUCAAAGUGCAGAAAACACAAAACCUAUUGAGCAGCGGGAACUUGAAUUUGUCAAAAUGAUGAAAUCUCUGAAUGAGACACUAGAUUUCAUGGACAAUACGUAUAAAGAAGACGUACUUCUUAAAGUUCUUAUGAGACCUCACCUGAAGUCAUUUGUCGAUCAGGCCAAUGAUAUGUCCUGGAAUAAUACAGCUGAAUUUGUCCUGAUUUCCAUGAAAAGAGGUCAGUUUCUUUUCUCAACGUCGAACAUGCCCGAUGAAAGCGCUGUCAGGAGUCUGAAAUUUCUGCAUAAUAUUUCUUUAGAACUUAACUUAUCCGACGAGAGUCGUUGUGAUAUAUUGGCCAGCCUUGGGUUCUAUUAUCUGGAGCUUGACUGUGUUGAAGAUGCUUUGAAUUUUCUAUGUGAAGCUUAUUCCAUGACGGAGGGUAAAAGUGAGAAAGAAUGGUUGUUGUUGAGAUGUCGUAUCUCGUUUAACUUGGCGCGGACGUAUUGCAGAGCGGACAGUGUUGACCUUGCCAUAGCGAUGAUGAAGACGUCAAUCGAAUUAGCCAAGAAAGUUUAUAUCAAUGAAGAAGACAACAUUAUGAGCAGGUUUGUUUGGCUUGCUGGCUUUUACCUUUCGUGGGAUAGAUUUUGGAAACUGGCUGAAGUGGUGGAUGAAGCAAGGAAAUUUUUUAAUAGUUGUCCACCAGAUUGUGUUAGUGUAAAUAGAGCACGUUGUUUGAGUCACUUGGCGAUCGUAUAUGUCCACAGCUCGGUGUUUUUUCAGACGGAUAACGUUUUGUUUGCCGAAGAUUGUAUGAAGGAGUCUCUGGACAUUUACGAACAAGUAUUAGGAGCAGACGUUUCUUCGUGCCCAGAAUACUGUACAUUGUUUGCCUUGUUUUCAAUUAUCAAGUUACUUCAAUCAGAAGAAGAAACAAGUGAAGCAAGAACACAACUUGAAAAAGCUCUUGAAUACUGCAUUCAAGUUGAUGACAAAGUAACCCAGAGUAUGAUAGCUGCCAGUAAGAAACAUUUUCUCAAUAAUUCAAGUUGGUUGCAAGAUUGGUUUGCUUGGAUUCGAAACUUAACAAGGGGGCGUGUAUUAUAUGCUGCGCCAAUUAACGUUGCUGACGACAUUUUGGAAGAUUAUAACAGUGGAAGAAUAUCACCAUCUCGAAGAAUUAUAAACCGUCUCAAGACAGGAAGAAGAUUUUUAAUUCGGGUCGACCAUGCUUUCCUUUCCCUCUUAUUCUUUUUAGUUUGCUAUAUUAUAUAUUUUCUCUGGAACGUUUACCUUCCGCAUAUAGGAAAACACGUACGCUGA